CCAGCACCGAGUCAAACUAUGACUUUGAAUCAUCUGCUUCAAUGCACUCGUAUUUAUUUAAGCAAGACAAGACAGACGCAGAAGGAUCGGAAGCGCUGAAAACCAGAAUCGAAUCGAAUUGCGGAGACGUUUGUUUAACGAAUGGCCGGUGUUAUGCCUUUGAAAGAGACGUUCUUCAUUUCUCAUGGCUCGCCGACUCUCUCCAUCGACGAAUCCCUACCGGCCCGCCGUUUUCUCCAAUCUUUCCGGGAGAAAAUCUUCUCGGAGAAGCCCACCGCAAUCCUAGUCAUCUCCGCCCACUGGGAGACCUCCGUACCUACCAUCAACUCCAUUAGCGGCCGCCACGAAACCAUCCACGACUUCUACGGCUUCCCCAAGCAGAUGUAUCAGCUCAAGUAUCCAGCGCCAGGAGCUCCAGAGUUAGCAAAAAGGACAGCUGAGUUACUUCUCUCUUCUGGUUUCAAGAAAGUGGAAAAAGACACCAGACGUGGUUUGGAUCAUGGGGCAUGGGUUCCUCUUAUGCUCAUGUAUCCAGAUGCUGAUAUCCCAGUGUGCCAGCUUUCUGUCCAGCCAAACAUGAAUGGAACACACCAUUACAAUAUGGGCAAAGCAUUGGCUCCUCUUAAGGAAGAAGGUGUUCUCAUAAUUGGGUCUGGAUCUGCCACUCAUAACUUGCGGACUCUCAGGAGUGAAGGACCUCCUCUUCCUUGGGCUAAGGAAUUUGAUGACUGGCUCAAAGUUUCCCUUCUCAAUGGAAGGUACGAAGAUAUUAACCACUAUGAUGAGAAAGCGCCACAUGCAAAGCUUGCACACCCGUGGCCUGAACACUUCUACCCAUUACACGUUGCGAUUGGAGCCGCAGGGGGGAAGCCAAGGGCGGAACUUAUUCACCAGAGCUGGAGCAAUGGCUCCCUCUCCUAUUCUUCGUUCAAAUUCACUCAGUGAUACUGCUUGACAAAUGACGGAUCAAUACCUGUAUAUAUUUAUUAUGUGUCGCAUAUUGCUGUACACUUCAAUCAAUAAGGAAACCUGUGACAACAAUGGUUUAGGCUUAGCAUCCUCUGUUUUGCUCACAGAAAUUUAUACCGAGUGUAUUUAUUAUAGAAUGGUUGUUGUAUGCAGUUGUUCAACACUGGCAGACACUUAGAUUUCAAUAAGGCUCAUUGUGGGUUGGGUUUGCUAAGUUCAAAUUGCAUUUCAGGAAUUAAACUCUGACAUUUUUUAUUUAAUUGAGGCCUAGGUGGUGGUUAUGGUUGCAUGGAUGAAUAUGUUCUUAAUAUAGAGUUUUUGUUUUUGAUAAUGGGUAAUGCGAGUAUAAUUUUGCUAUAAGCAAGACUUUGGAUGAC